AUGGUAAAAAUACCAGACGGUAGUUGGAGACCUUGCGGAGAUUACCGUCGCUUAAAUGCAAUCACCAUCCCAGAUCGUUACCCAGUUCCUCACAUACAUGAUUUUGCACACAUGUUAUAUAACCAAAAAGUUUUUUCAACCAUCGACCUGAUUAAGGCAUAUCACCAGAUACCAGUUGAACCGGGAGAUAUUCCAAAAACGGCGAUCAUAACUCCAUUUGGAUUAUUUGAAUUUACUAACAUGACAUUCGGACUUUGCAAUGCAGGUCAAACAUUUCAACGCUUCAUUCACGAAGUAUUACGAGAUCUCGAAUUCGCCUUUGCCUAUAUUGACGACGUCAUUAUUGCAUCAGCAAACGAGGAAGAGCACAGGCAACACUUGCAACAAGUAUUCGAACGAUUCAGAAAACAUGGUUUAAUAAUAAACGUAUCAAAAUGCGUUUUUGCUCAAAACACAGUAAAAUUUCUUGGUUAUCUCAUCAGUGAAAAGGGCAUUCAACCUCUACCAGAUCGAGUGAAGAGCAUCAGCGAGUUCGUACCAAACGCUGUAGAUUCUCAAACUGCACUUCAACAAAUGAUAAAAGGAAACAAGAAGAACGACAACACACCGUUAUGCUGGACUGAAGUGAACAAAACAAUCUUCCAAAAAUGUAAAGAUGAACUAACAAACUCGACACUACUUGUUCAUCCGUCAAAAACUGCUACGCUUGCAUUACAAGUAGACGCCUCGGAUAAAGCUCUCGGCGCAGUUCUUCAUCAAGUGACAGACAGCACGUUUCAACCACUCGGUUUUUUCUCUAAACGAUUAACAGAUACACAAAAACGAUACAGCACAUACGAUCGUGAGUUGUUAGCCGCAUAUCAGGGCAUAAAACAUUUUCGACAUAUGUUAGAAGGUCGUGAAUUCGUAUUAAUAACUGACCACAAGCCACUCACGUUCGCAUUCCAGCAAAAGUCCGACAAGGCUUCACCACGUCAAGUCCGACAGCUUGAUUAUAUAGGUCAAUUUACAACGAAUAUCGUUCAUGUCAGCGGAAAAGACAACAUCCCAGCAGAUUUUCUCUCGCGGAUAGAUAGUAUUAGCAUCCCAAAAAUCGACUACGAUUUUUCAACUGGGCGAAUUCGUCCUUACAUUCCGGAGAAAUACCGGCUACAUAUCUUUAAAGCUACGCAUGGGUUGUCUCAUCCCAGCAUUCGGGGCACAACAAAAAUGAUAGCUGAAAAAUUUUUCUGGCCUUCUAUAAAUGCUGAUAUCAGAAACUGGACCCGACAAUGUAUCCCAUGCCAACGUUCUAAAGUGCAACGUCACAACCGUUCACCUAUUUGUCAAUAUGAACUCGCUGAACACAGAUUCGAACAUAUAAACAUAGAUAUCGUCGGCCCGCUACCACCAUCAAACAACUGCACAUAUAUAUUAACCAUCAUCGACCGUUUCAGCCGAUGGCCAGAAGCAAUUCCGAUCCCAGAUCAAACAGCGGAAACCAUCGCAAACGCACUGAUUACUCAAUGGAUCGCACGUUUUGGCGUACCCUUACGUAUCACAACAGACCAAGGAAGACAAUUUGAAUCUUCAUUGUUCAACCAACUAGCUGAAGUUAUCGGUUGCAAACACUUACGAACUACGAGUUACCAUCCUCAAAGUAACGGAAUGGUGGAACGAUUUCACCGCACAUUAAAAGCAGCCUUAAUGUGCCACCAAACAACUUCUUGGACAGAAGUUUUACCAAUAGUAUUGUUAGGUCUACGCACGACUUUUAAACCAGACAUUGGAGCUUCUGCUGCUGAAAUGCUAUAUGGCCAAACUCUACGUUUACCGGGCGAAAUAGUAAGCAACCCUAGCCACAGAAAUAUAAAUCAACACGAUUUCAUAACCAAGCUAAGAGAACAAAUGCAGAGCGUCAAGGCAACGUUGGUAUCGCAUCAUAUAGACCGAGGCUACCACAUCCAACCGGCUCUAAGCUCAGCCACGCAUGUAUUUAUACGAAAUGACAAGGUAAAACCACCAUUGACGCAACCUUACGAUGGCCCUUACCAAAUACUAGAGCGAAAUGACAAGACGUUUAGAAUACUGAUCGAAAACAAAGAACAAACAGUUAGCAUAGAUCGUCUUAAAGCUGCUUUCAUAUGUCCCGAUACAGACAUUGACAUCCACAACAAAUCAAUGGUAUACCACACUCCAAACAACGUUAAUGGCGACCAGUCUGUGCGACCAAAUACAACAGCUAACCUGACAAAAUCAGGACGCAACGUUCGCUUUCCAACCAAAUUCAGUGACUCCAUCACUUAG